AUGGACGGUGCGGCUGAGACGGAACAGGCGACCAAGGCUUCAUCUUCGCCAUCCUCGCCCUCUUCCUCGCCAUCCUCGCCCUCUUCGCCCUCUUCCUCGCCAUCCUCGCCCUCUUCCUCGCCAUCCUCGCCCUCUUCCUCGCCCUGGUCUCGCAGUCUUGUCUGCCGCCGCGUUGGCAGAGACGAGUUCUGCGCGUUUACGCACCGAGGCUUUGCGGCCGGCGAGGGCAUCGCGGUGAUCACGACGCCCGCCCGCAUUCUGGUGCUGGGAUCGCAGCCGCCGCUCGAUAUCCCCGCGUCCCAGCCCGACUCGUCACCGUCACCGUCCUCGAACACAGACACAGACGGAGUAGACUACACCGACGCGCUCAUCGCCGGCAAGGGCGUCGGCCUCGUCGCCGCGCGGCCCAUCCGUGCCGGGCGCCGCCUCGCCAUGCGCACUGCCUCGACGCCCGCCGUCAUGGUCGACGACCGCGCCUUCACGGGGCUGCGCCGCGACGACCUCGCCGCGCUACUCGCGCAGGCCAUCGUCGCCCUACCUGAGCCCCACCAGGCCCGCUUCCUGAAUCUCUCGGCAACCGCGAGCGACGGCGACAAGGACGACUCGGGCCUCGCGCGCGUGUUCCGCAUCUUUGCGACCAACGCGUUCAAGACGACGGUCAAGCUCGGCGCGGAUGCUGCUGUGGCCGUUGGCGUGCCGUCGGGCCCAGAUGCGGGGAUUGAUUUCCAUUCGACGUUCACCGAGGUGUCGCGCCUCAACCACGAGUGCAGCCCCAACCUGGGCUACUACUUCGACUCGGUCACCCUGUCCCACAAGGUCUACGCCGUGAGGGACAUCCUGCCAGGCGAGGAGCUGACGAUCAGCUAUGUCGACGUCAUCCAGCCGCGAUCCGUGCGCAGCGAGCGCCUCCACACGACGUGGUCCUUCACGUGCAGCUGCCCGCGCUGCACGGCCGAAGCGCACGUCGUGGCCGAGUCCGACGACCGCGUGGCACACAUGCUGCAGCUCCGCCGGGAGCUCGACGAUUACUCGGCGUCCGCGACGCCCGAGAAGGCCGAGCUGCUCGUCACGCUGUACGAGCUCGAGGGGCUGGAGGUCCGUAUCUACGAGGCCUACUAUCGUGCUGCGCUCGAGUGGAACGGAGUCGGCGAUGCAACGCGCGCAAUGAAUUACGCACGGCUUUGCCUCGACAAGGGCCUUACGCUUCGAGGUCCAGACCGUCCGUUUAUCGACAGCAUGCGCGGCCUCAUCUCUAGCCCGACAGAGCACUGGAGCUGGCGUUUUCGGGUGAAGUGA